CAAAUUUAUCACAACACAGCGCAUGUUGUGCAAUUUAUUUCACAAUUAAUAAAGGAAUUCAACAAUUUUACAGAUUUAAAUUAUUUAAGAAUCGUAAUAGCUUUAUUAGAAAACUUAUACAACAUAAGAAACCUUCACAAAAUCUCAAUAUGCGGCUAGUGGAUUCGUCGAAACUUUUACAACUUCAAAACAAACCUCGAAACAUUCGGAAUAUAUGCAUUGUCGCACACGUGGACCAUGGAAAAACUACCUUGGCAGAUUCUCUGAUAUCCAGCAAUGGGAUCAUAUCUCAAAGGAUGUCUGGUAAGCUCCGAUAUAUGGAUUCUAGACCGGAUGAACAGGAGCGAGGUAUCACCAUGAAAAGCAGCAGUAUUGCUCUUUACCAUGCUGUAAAUGAUAUGGAGUUCUUAGUAAACCUCAUAGACUCGCCUGGACACAUUGAUUUCUCAAGCGAAGUGUCGACUGCUGUCAGAUUAUGUGAUGGAGCAAUUGUUGUGGUGGAUGUUGUAGAAGGAGUUUGUCCUCAAACAAGGCUAGCUCUCAAGCAGGCGUAUGCUGAAAACAUUCGUCCUGUAUUAGUUCUUAACAAAAUUGACCGCCUUAUUUUGGAAAUGCAAUUUACACCUUUAGAUGCAUAUAUCCACUUAACACAAGUUAUGGAACAAGUGAAUGCAGUAAUGGGAGAGUUGUUUGCUACCGAAGUGUUUGAAAAUGAGGAAACCACAAUAGAAAAACAGCAACAGAAACCACCAGAGUCUAAAGAAGACAAUAAUUUCUAUGAUUGGACCUCAGCCCUUGAAGAUGCAGACGAUUCUCAACUGUAUUUUUCACCAGAACAAGGCAAUGUUGUGUUUGCCAGUGCUAUAGAUGGUUGGGGGUUUACUAUUCAUACAUUUGCUAAAUUAUUCUCAGAAAAACUUGGAGUUAAAGAGGAGAUUCUUAGGAAAGUAUUAUGGGGUGAUUUCUAUCUUAAUCCAAAAACUAAACGCUUUAUGAAAGGUGCACAAGAAAAGGCAAAAAAGCCACUAUUUGUUCAGGUUAUUCUUGAUAACUUGUGGAAUAUAUAUGAUACAAUAGUAAUAAGAAAUGAGAAAGAAAAAGUGCCAAGUAUUUGUGAUAAGCUGGGUAUAAAAUUAACCACCCGUGAUUUAAGGCACACAGAUACCAGAAUCCAACUUCAAUCACUUAUGAUGCAAUGGCUUCCAUUAUCCCAGACUGUACUCAAUAUGGUUUGCACAAAACUUCCAUCCCCUACAGAAAUGCAACCUGAAAAAGUAGAUAUACUUAUGUGCUCAAGGAUCAGAGAUUUUGACUCUUAUCCUCUUGAAACACAAAAACUUAAAGAGGACUUUUUGGCCUGUGAUAGUAGUGAAGAUAAGCCUGUAAUUAUAUUUAUAUCGAAAAUGUUUAGUGUAGACAAGAGUUUGUUACCUGAGAAUAAGCCUAAGUUCUUAACACCUGAAGAAAUGGCGCGUCGAAGAGAGUUAGCUAGAAAAGUGAGAGAGGAACUUAAAAAUAAUACUGUAGAACCUGUUCCAGCCUCUGAAAUCAAAUUAGAUAGUGAUAAAACUGUGGAUCAUAAUGUUGAACAAGAUACAGUGAAUGAAGAUGUUGAGCAACCUGCAUUUAUAGCUUUUGCUAGAGUAUUUAGUGGAAAAGUUAGAAAAGGUAGCAAAGUGUAUGUGUUAGGUCCUAAACAUGACCCGUCCAAAAUACUUAAUAUAAAAAAUUUCAAAGUAGAUCCCAAUAAAAAGUUAAAAGACCUACAAAGUGAUGAACAUGUGACAUGUACAGAAAUAAAUUCAUUGUAUAUUUUGAUGGGUAGAGAAUUAGAAAAUAUUGAUGAAGCUAUUGCUGGAAAUAUUAUAGGCAUUGGUGGCUUACAAGAGCAUGUUCUUAAAACUGCUACUCUAAGCAGCACUUUAGCUUGUCCUGCAUUCAGUGAAAUACAAUAUGCGGCAGUGCCGAUUCUGAGAGUAGCAGUAGAACCUCAAAAUCCAUCUCAAUUACCGCAAUUAGUGAAAGGUCUCAAGCUCCUGAACCAAUCAGAUUCAUGUGUUCAAGUUCUACUUCAAGAAACUGGUGAACAUGUUUUAGUGACUGCUGGAGAAGUGCAUUUAGAAAGAUGUCUUGAAGACUUGAAGAACAAUUACGCCAAGAUACCUAUCAGUGUGUCAGAACCUAUUGUACCGUUUAGAGAAACAGUAAUAGAACCACCCAAAAUUGAUAUGGCCAAUGAAGAAAUAGAUGCUCAAAAUAUAGACAAGAAAAAUACAACACAAGAGGAUCCAGUGAUCACAGUAUAUACUAGCAACAGACAGAGCAAAAUAAAAAUAAGAGCCAGACCACUGCCCAGCGAAAUAACGAACCUCCUUGAUAAAUCCACAGAUUUACUAAAAGCAAUUUCUCAAUACAUAAAAACGCUUCAAGGAUUAAAUAAAAACGAUAAUUUAGAAAUCAAAUUACAAGAAUUAUAUCUUAACGGCACUAAUCACAAACUCUCCGAUAGAAUGCUGAAACUUAUACAAAAUUUCAUCGAAGAACUCCAAAACAUCGCUUCUAAACUAGGUCCCGAAUGGAAGGACGUGGUCAGUCAAAUCUGGUCUGUCGGCCCUAGGAAUUGUGGUCCAAAUUUACUUUUGAAUCAUACGUCAGAUUACAAAACGAAAUACUUAUAUCAUGAAGAAGAUAUAAAAGAAGACCCGCGAUUCGAAUAUGAAAGUAGUUUUGUGAAUGGAUUCCAGUUGGCUACUUUUGCUGGACCAUUGUGCGACGAACCUAUGAUGGGAGUUGCGUUCUGUAUUGAAGAGUGGACGUUAGAGAAAUAUGAUGUGGAGGAAUCCCAUACCUUUGGACCACUAUCAGGUCAGAUAGUUUCUGCUGUCAAAGACGGCUGCAGGAAAGCUUUCCAAAUCCAACCGCAGAGGCUGAUGGCUGCCAUGUACACUUGCGACGUUGUUGUAGACCAGAAAGUAUUAGGAAAACUGUACGCGGCGCUGGGUCGUCGCGGCGGGCGCGUGGUAGCCAGCGACUUGCAGAGCGGCUCAGCUUCGUUCCGAGUGCGCGCGCUACUGCCCGUCGCUGAGAGUUUCAAGUUUGCGCUGGAACUGAGGACCGACACGUCAGGACUGGCGGCGCCGCAGCUGAUGUUCAGCCAUUGGGAGGUGAUAGACAUAGACCCGUUCUGGCGACCGAGCACAGAGGAAGAGUACCUUCACUGGGGAGAGAAGUAUGACGGGGUUAACCGCGCCAAGGAGUAUAUGGACUCGGUGCGCGCUAGAAAGGGACUUUCCACGGACAAACAAUUGGUGCAGCACGCUGAGAAGCAAAGGACACUCUCCAGGAAGAAAUAGUAAUAUACCAACUACGGAUAACCGCGCCAGAUGCAAAGAACAGUCUCCAGAAAGAAAUAGAACUUGUAAACUCGACCCUGGGGAACUCCAUAGGGGCACCGCCCAAUAAUCAAAAAGAAAAAGAAGAAGAAAUAGAACUUUACCAACUACGGAUAACCUGAUCAGAAGCAAAAAACAAUCUCCAGAAGGAAAUACAACUUCAGUAAUUACGAAUCAUCCCGUGCGCACCAGGAAGAUACUCCCUACGGUUAAACAACUGGUGGAACACACGGAGAAACAAAGGACACUAUCCAGGAAGAAAUAGAUUUAAUACACCCCGGAAAACUUCUUGAGCAUUGACCAUGGACGAAAAAGCCUACGCGGUGACAAUUUUUGUCACAAAAAUAUCUAGUGCGCAAGUUUGUUUGUCUGUGUCUUUGUUCAAGAAGUUCAAGAAGCAAACAACGCUCUU